AUGACCAUCAAGGACUCAUCUGAAAAGAGCAGCUGUUGCAGCACGUCCAAGCUCCUUCGUCUUUUAUUCGUCUUUACUUUGCUCGCUGCCGUGUUUGUCGGCUUUGACCAAGUCAAGGAACGGUUCUAUGUGUUUGACCAGCACGUGCUUCACAAGGUCGCCCAACGCAACAUUGAGAAAUAUCAAAAUGACAGCCAUGCCAUGAUCACCAACAUUGCUGCCGAUUUGGAGCGUGAGUAUCCUGGUCAUAUUCAAAUCAAGGAAGAAUGGGUAUUCAACAAUGCCGGUGGUGCUAUGGGCUCCAUGUGGAUUUUGCACGCCUCCAUUACCGAGUAUGUCAUCAUCUUUGGCACCCCUGUUGGCACUGAGGGUCAUACCGGUCGUUUCCUUGCCGACGAUUACUUUAUCAUCUUGGAAGGUGAACAAUGGGCAUAUGCUGCUGGUGAACUUAAGCGUGAGGUGUAUAAGCCUGGUGAGAUGCAUCAUUUGGCCCGUGGUAACUGCCAACAAUACAAGAUCCCUGAACACGCUUGGGCUUUGGAAUACGCUCGUGGAUGGAUUCCAUUGAUGCUUCCUUUUGGCAUGUUUGACACAAUCUUUUCCACCGUUGACUUUGUUUCAUUCUACCACACUUUCCGACUCUACGGCAAGGCCGCCAUCUCCGAGUUGCUUCAAGGCAAGAUUUAG